AUGUUCAAAAUGGAGGGAUGUGAAAGAACGCAAUCGUUGGGCAAAUCGUUGAAAACGGAUGAGAUAUUAACCAAAAUCAUUGAAAACAACGCAAACAUUGAAUUGAAGGAAACAAUUGAUAAAACAGUAGAAACCAUACAUAAGACGCAAAUAUCAGUUCAUCACAGCAUUGAAACAUUUAAGGAAACUACUAAACAGACAAAAUUUAGCACAGGCUAUGAAAUUGAGAACCAAUUCAAGUCGGGUUUCCGAGAGUUGUCCGAAACCAACAAAUCUUACAGCGAUUUCCGGCGCCAAUUGUUUUCAUUGAAAACCGAGAUUAAUGUCAAACCCUUUACUAAUAUAUCGAUUAAAGGUUUAUUGAAAAGCGUGAAGGAUAUGGAACUAGACUUCACAGCUGUCCACAAAUUCACCGGUACUGACCCGAGAAGUGCGGAACCGUUGGACGGAUUGACACUGUUUUUGUUGAGUGGAAAACAACACAACAGAUAUGGCAUUACUAUAGACAACGACUCACUUGUGGUCAAUCAAAAGGGCUUAUAUCGGGGUUCGUUUGGUAUCGAAGCCUACACUCAUAUAAAACAACUAAAACUAGAUAGAAAUCAACCUUUUAAAUAA